CAAUUUUGUCAACAAGUUAGAAGAGGAGAGCGUGAUGCUAACAUGCGCCUGGUUAGCCGUAGUGCCACACGUUGUCCAAUCCUUCGCCACUGGCGUUCUCUCAGUUUACUGCUAGAUUUGCUGAAAUAACGUUAUCUUCUAAAAUUCGAGUGAAAUGGCACUGAACUGCUCUUCCACUAAUGUUGCUACUUCAAGAGCUUCCAUAAGCCGUUCUCUGCCUUUCCAGUCCAGGAACCCUAAUGUUUCCUUUCCUCUGAAUUUGUCCUCGUCGCUAAAUAGAUCUCCAAAGCCAUUCCUGCGCGUUUCUGCCGAUUCGACUCCGAAAGCGAGAUUCGUUGCCCGUCGGAAGGAGUCGGUAUCGGUCCGGCAACUUGGGCGCCCUCUAAUUGAGUAUAUGAGCUUGCCGGCUAGUCAAUACUCGGUGUUGGAUGCGGAGAGGAUAGAGCGAGUGGACGAAAACACGUUUAGGUGUUACGUAUAUAGGUUCAAGUUCUUUGCUUUUGAGGUUUGCCCUGUUUUGCUUGUUAGAGUUGAAGAGCAGCCUAAUGGUUGUUGCAUUAAGCUCUUAUCAUGCAAGCUUGAGGGCUCACCUAUGGUGGUUGCACAGAAUGAGAAGUUCAAUGCUUCUAUGGUGAACUAUAUCUCAUGUGGCAGCAGUCAAAGCAACUCAUCAGUGCAACAACUUACUUCCGAUGCAGUCAUUGAGGUUAACAUUGAAGUCCCUUUUGCAUUUGGUGCAAUUCCAGUCCAGGCAAUAGAAUCAACUGGGACAAGAAUACUUGAACAAAUACUUGGUCUUAUGCUUCCGCGCUUUAUGGCACAGCUUGUGAAAGACUACCAAGCAUGGGCUAGUGGUGACACCUCAAGGCAGCCUCUUGGAACUGGUAAGAUUUGAGAUUUUAGAUUUGAGGAAGCAAAACUUGCUAGUGCGGUAUUUGAAUCUGCAAAUCUUCUUCAGUUCAGUAGUCACAUGUUUACAGAGUACAAUUCUAGGCCUACCUUUUCGUGUCGUUCCAAUCCAAAGCUAGUCCUAGAUCUCGAUUUGUGAGGAAAGGUAAUAUGAUUAUUCAAGCAGUGAUUUACUUGUAUCUUCUUGCUGCCAAAAAAAGCCAGAAUCAGCAUUUCAUCCUGUGGAUGAUUUCGUGCGGUUGCUCUCAUGAGCUCUUCCUAAAAUUUUGAACCUUAUAUGUGUUUUAAUAUUUGCUAGGUUGAUAAUAUGUCAUUAGUUGUGAAUAAUAGAAUGUUUUUAAGAUUGAAGUAAUUGUUGUUUCUUUGGAUCAGAAUUUCAAGAGCACCUUACAUCUGCAAAGCAUAAAUGUAUUUGUAUUUCAAAUGUGGGAACUGCUUACUUACAUUG